UCUAGUCUGGAUGUGAUGAAGAAGUCUGGAUUUGGAGCUUUUGGAGACUCCAGAGGGUUAAGGAUGUCUAUAUAAACCCAGUUUAGCUAAAAUAGUCUUGUGAGCUGCUGUGAGAGCGUGUCUGGCUCUGAGUGGCCAUCAGCCACCUGUAACUUAACUGUAUGGGAAAAAGUGAUAAGAGCCCAGAUGUUCUGUGGUUUCUGUGGACCCCCAAUGACAUCUGAUGUGGAAGAAACUAUAAAAAUUUUAAAGCCAGGGGGGCUCUGAGUGGCUUUUGGAAAAUCAAAACCAGCCUAAUAACUAAAAGCUACAAAAAAAAAGAAGAAUAUGGCGAACCAGUGACCUACUUCUCAGAGUUUAAAGACUUUGUGAUGGGAAAACUACAAUAAACAGUUAGAAAUACUGAACACAGGAGGGCACUGCUCCCCCACAGGAGGGUGUGGUGGUCUGGUCCACACUGAGAAACUGUCCAAGUGGAUUAGAAGGUUAGAUAUUGUUGGUUGUAACUUGAGCAAAAGCAGUCAGGAAUAUUAAUUUGUGAUUUUUAAACAUGUGGGCCUUCCUGGUGCUCACUCUGGCUCUCACUGUCAGAGCAUCAGACUCUGACAACGACACCGCGGUUGAAGAAAAGCUUGAAAUCGCCAGAGGAAAACUGCUGGCUCCCAGUGUGGUCGGAUGAGGUAUAAAGAAAAUGCCCGAGCUCCAUCAUUUCCUUCUGGAGCGCUGGGCUUUAUACCACAACUUGGAAUACGAUUCAUCGGAGGAGAAGAAACCCCGUCUGAUAUUCUAUAACGAAAAGGACGAGGUUGUAAAGACCGUUCCUGUGAAGAAAAUGAAGGCGGACGAGAUCAGCAGCCUGUUGGACUCGCUCGGUUUCUACAAGAGGUCCCAGAAAGGGGAAGAGGUGCCAGAGGAGUUCCAGCAUUUCCCCCUGCGCACCCCGAGGGACGAGCUGUGACGACACCUUGUGGCCGAACGCUGCCGCUGCACCCCCCCCGGCCGCAUUAAUGACGAGUGGGGCCCCAAGGCCAAAACGAUAAGCCAGGCUCCACUCAGAGGACUCGCUGGCCCCGGUGCUGCAGCGUGCAGCGUGUUAGUCAUCACUGUGUCACUCUGUUUAUGUGCUUUAAAUUAAAAAAAGAUGUAAAAUUGA